UAAGAACUUGGCUGGUGAGUGACGUGGUACAAGGAAGUAACUGAGAAAGAAAACCCUAGAAGCGGUCGAAUGGCUGUGUGGAGAGCUCGAGCGGCUUCAUCGACCUUGUUCAACAGGCUCCUCGGCGGCCACUUCAACGCCAUCAGCACCACCACUGCCUAUCGCACUCUCUCCACCGAUGUGGGUGGGGCAGGUAAUCAGUUUUUUCACUAUGAUAUCAAUUCACAAUUCGGAAGGUGCAUGCCACUUGCUGAUAUGCAUAUUCAUGCCAAAAUACAUAGCAUCGAGGUGCACCCAGGUCAAGGCGGCAAGUUAGUUCGAGCACCAGGUACUUGCGCAAAGAUUUUGAAAGAACCCACUUCAAGGUGUCUAGUGAGACUGCCUUCGGGUGUUGAAAAGUGGAUUGAUUCUAAGUGCCAGGCCACGAUUGGUACGGUCCCCAGUGAAGGAAAUAAGCCUAAGAAGCUCUACAAGGCUGGGCAGAGCCGGUGGUUAGGCCGCAGACCAACGGUUCGAGGAGUGGCAAUGAAUCCAGUAGAUCAUCCUCAUGGUGGUGGUGAGGGUAAGAGCAAGAGUAGUGGUUCUCAUGGGAAGGGUUCUCGAACACCUUGGGGCAAGCCUACAAAGGGUGGCUACAAGACUGGUCCCAACAAGCGUAGAAAAUAGUGUUGUAUCAUUCUCUUUGCUUUGGUUUGACACUGCUGUGGAAUUUAGCUUUUUGGUGAGUUCAGAUAGCAAUAAAAGUCGCACUUAGAAGUUUAACUCGUCAUAAAAUAUUCAAGGUUCGUAUAACUUUUUCCCUUGUCAAGUUUCUCAAAGUGUUUGUUUUUGGAUGACGCUGUGUAAGUUGCUUAUUAGUUUCAACUGUGACUGUUUUUUGGAUA